CUCCUGGAUGACGCCGCUGACGUGGAGCGCAUAGUUUGUGCGCGAGAUCCUGUGAUGAUGUGCGCUGUCUGGGUGAAUCUCAUCCGCUGUGAUCCACUACAAAUCUCCAGCGGGACUCAUCUUCAUUGACGGGGGGGCUCCUUUCCAAUGGCACGCCGUGAGUUAGGGCUCGGGUUGUCUGCUAGCGCGGGUUGUUCGGUGCGGAUGUCGGAUCCAGCGCAGGGCCGGUGAUGGUCGCGCGUGAAGCCGGAGAGAGCAACAGAAGAGCGGCUGUGAUUCUUGCCCUCCUUCGACAUGGAGGUGAUGACGCCUCUGAUGGAGGAAGAAGGAGGUGGCGAGGAGGAGGAAGAUGCAGACGCGGACGAAGACUCGGAGCGUCUGCCACAAGGCAUCACGUUUACUCAGACCCUGCUGCAUCUCUUAAAGGGGAACAUCGGCACGGGAUUGCUUGGGCUUCCUCUAGCAGUGAAGAACGCUGGGAUACUGCUCGGUCCGGUCAGUCUGGUUCUGAUGGGGGUUGUUUGCGUUCACUGCAUGCACGUCCUGGUCAACUGCAGUCAUCAGCUCAGUGAGCGGUUAAAGCGUUCCCCCCUCGGUUACAGCGACACGGUUGCAGUUGCCAUGGAGAUGAGUUCCUCCCAGUGCCUGAGGAGAGGUGCUCAUUUUGGGAGGCACUUGGUGAAUUUCUUCCUGGUUUUGACCCAGCUGGGCUUCUGUAGUGUUUAUUUUGUGUUCCUGGCUGAAAACAUCAAACAGGUGAUGGAGGGAACGCAUGUGAACAGCUCGGCGGAGACGCCGCUGUUAUACUCCAACAGCUCAGAGGAGGGCGCCGCCUCCCCCGCAACGCCUUCGGGGCUGGACCUGAGGCUCUACAUGGUCUUCCUCCUUCCCUUCAUCAUCGUCCUGACCUUCAUCAGAGACCUGAGGAACAUGGCUGCCCUCUCCGCCGUCGCCAACCUCUGUAUGGCUGUCAGCCUCGUUCUCAUCUUCACAUAUAUACUCAACGAUGUGAGUGAUCCCAGACGUCUGCCGUAUGCCUCCACGUGGAGGAAAUUUCCCUUCUUCUUUGGAACAGCUAUAUUUGCCUUUGAGGGAAUUGGAGUGGUUCUCCCGUUGGAGAAUCAAAUGAGGGAACCGAAGCGAUUCCCUCAAGCCCUCAACAUCGGCAUGGGCGUCAUCAUCGUCCUUUACGUGACCCUGGCGACGCUGGGCUACCUGCGCUUCAGAGACGACAUCAAAGGAAGCAUCACGCUCAACCUUCCGCACGAUUCCUGGUCUAAUCAGCUGGUGAAGGUCUUGUACUCGUUAGGUGUGUUUGUGAGUUUUGCGGUGCAGUUUUUCGUGCCGGCGGAGAUUCUGGUUCCGGCUGUGUGCGAGCGCGUCAGGAAGAGCUGGAGACGGGCGGCUGAUCUCAGCCUGCGAGCGCUGCUUGUCUGCCUCACCUGCGUAACGGCAGUCUUGAUACCGCGGUUAGAUCUGGUGAUCUCAUUGGUCGGCGCGGUCAGCAGCUCGGCGCUGGCUCUCAUCUUCCCGCCCCUGGUGGAGCUGGUGGCGUUUCCCAGUCAACCUCCUCCUCCUCUCCUGCUCCUCAAAGACCUCUCCAUCGCCGCCCUCGGCUUCGUCGGCUUCCUGACCGGGACCUACGUAACGCUGGAGGAGAUCAUUUAUCCAGACGACCAAGGACAGGCCCGUCUCCGUGACGACGGGAACUGGACCACACCCACUACCUCACCGCCCUGAAAACCACGCCCACAAACGAAGGACCAAUCGAAUGCACCGUUAAAGGGCACUGUCUUUUUGAAUGCCGUAACUUGCUCUGGGAUGGAGAGCUUGUCUUAUAAGGGUUGAGGUGGUAUUUUAUAGCUCAAUUUGUUUUUCAUUCCACAGGCACAUGCCUGAGGUGCGCAGCUGUAGCGCGGAUUGCAUGCAUGUGCGUUUGAGUGAUGGUGUGCAUGGGAAAUAUUUCCUCGGUGCGGCCCUAUGGACUUUCCGUGACUCCACCCUGUUCUAGAUGGAAUGGCUCGGACUCCAUCAAGCCGGUGGAGCAUAUAGCAUGACGGGCACCAGCAUUAAACACUGCAGGAGGGCGCCAGAGAAAUAUUGCACACUGUAAGGAAUGUACGUUCGCGCUGACUAGAGGUAUUAUUAAUAAACCAAUCGUUUCUCCCGA